AUGGCGGCGCCAGCAAUCGCACUGACCCCGAUACCAUCCUCCUCGUCGAUAACGGCUAGUAGCGCACCCACAGAUCAGCCAGCCUCGCCUACAUCCCUCAGUCCCAUUGCUCGACCCACAACCGCUGGAGUGUCAGGUCCUAUCUCACCAUCACAAUCUACAGCCAUAACAUCACCGAUACUCGACCCACAGCUGGCGACGAAUCCUUCUCCGAAUAACGGAGGCUCGAGGCCUGUCUCAACAUCGCAGCCGACAUUGCCCUCAUCGCCAAUAUCUGCUCUCCCGCCAGCAUCGUCAAUCUCAAGAUUCAGACUUCCUUCGCCCACGUUGAAGACAUCUGUCGCAGCAGUUACAUUCGUUUUGGGACUGAUGGGAAUCGCAUUAGCUUUUGUGACCGGUAUACCCACUUUGCGGCUGGCGAAGUGGUCUGGACGCAAUGACUUUCUGCAGGCAUGUCUAGCAGCUGAGCAGGCCGGAUUCGUGAAAGAGCAGUGCAAUAGCACAAUCGAAGCUGGACCGGUCCCUCCGCCGUUCACAAAGAGAGAAAGCCCUGGCGGUGUCGUGCGGAACUUCACGAUCUUUCGACUUGUUCUGUGGCCUGAACACACAUGGCAAGGUCUUGGCAGUCGACUGAAAGUCGGGGUAGAGCCCAGAACGGCGUCCUUGAUGGUGGUGCUCAUGCUGGCGAUUGGUAUCGUGUCUCUACUCUAUAUCAGACCACGAGCGCAGCCUUUUCGGGACGACGAUUCGCUGGUCAAACCGCCUCUUACCGUUAUUUCUCUUGUACCUCUCGGAACUGAUCCUUACGGCGAUGAAUCAGGACCACGCGUGAUUUACCAGGAUGACCAGUCCUUCGAUCCUGAUCUUGAUGGCAUCAAGUACUUCGACGAUGGGGUGACCAUGUGGAAAAAGCUUCAACUUGUUGCUCUGAAUCCGAUGCUGAAAGUUCGACCUCGUUCGAACCCAUUUUGGUUUUGCCAAUGGAUGAAGACCAAUAUCUACCCUAUCGUAGACCCCGAAGAUAUGCAAAUGAUUGGGAUCAACGAGCGCUGA